GGGGCAAGGCGAGGACGGGCGGCGGCGGCAGAUCGUGGGCCGCUCCGGCCCCUCCCUCCCCACCGGCGGCACCGCGUCCCGUCCGUCCGUCCCGCCCGGCUGCCCCAUGGCCGCGGCUCCCUGGGAAGCGCCCCGCGCCGCCGCCCUGCCGGUGCCAGAGCCGCGUUGCCGGGCGGCGGCCGCCUCCCCACGGCUCCGCUAGCGCCCCGCGCCCGCUCUCCGCCUCCAGCCCGGCGGGUCUCCCCGCGGGCGCGGAUCAGCGCUCCCACUCCUCUCCUCCGCGCUCUCCUCAGCGGGACGACGGCGGCGGCGGCUCGGCGGGACGCACCGGCGCGGAUGCGGUGGGUGCCCCGCGCGGCCCCCGGAGCGUCCUCGGUGCCGCCGCCGACGCCUGACGCGCCGCGCUCUCCCCGCAGGCAGCCCCCCGGCGAGUGCGAGAUGGCGCUCAGCGGCACGCUCCUCCCCUCCAUCGCCACCUUCGCGGCGGGCGCCGCGGGCCGCGAAAAGGCGCCGCGGCCCGCGGGCCCCGGCAACAGGUGGCGGGAGGAGCUGUCGCAGCUGAAGCGGCCGCCGCCGGCGCUGACGGCGCGUCCCGCGGAGCCGCCGCCGUCGGACCUGGAGACCUCGCCCGCCCUGGGGCCGCGCCGUGAAACCGAGGAGUUCAACGAGCUGCUGGAUUUCGACUUCAUACUCUCCAACUCCCUCAUGCACCAGGAGCCCGCCGCCGCCGCCGCCGUGGUGGUGUCCCCCGCCGCCGCCCCGGCCCCCGCCGCCAGUCCCUGCCCCGCUGGGCCCUUCGCCUACCCGUUGCCCUGCGCCGAGCCCGGCGGACUCCUCUACGGCGGUGGCGGCGGCCGCGACGGGGCUCCCGCCGCCUCACCCUUCAACCUGGCAGACAUCAGCGACGUGUCGCCCUCGGGAGGCUUCGUGGCUGAGCUGAUGCGGCCCGACCUGGACCCGGUGUACCUGCCGGCGCCCGCCGCUCUACCGCCGCUGGGCAGCCUGCAGGGCAAGUUCGUGGUGAAGGCCGUGGGCGACUACAGCCACCCGGGGCUCAGCCCCAAGAACGGCCCCCCCGCCGCCGCCGCCCAGCCGCCCGGCUCCGAGGGACCCGGGGCUCCUUACAGCCCCCUCCAGCCGCGGAUGUGCCCUAAAAUCAAGCAGGAGGCCAGCCCGCCCUGCACACUGGCCCCGCCGCCGCACGGGAGCGGCCCCCGAGGACCCCCCCCGCAGCAUGACUUCUCCAUGGGCCGCCUGCUGCCGGCCCGGACUACGCCCUCGCUGGGGCCCGAAGAGAUGCUAAGCAGCAGGGACUGCCUUCCCCCCGCGCCGGGGCUCGGCCAUCCUCCGCUGCCGCUGCCCCCUGGCUAUCCCCCGGCUCCCGGCUACCCUGCCUUCCUGCCCGAGCAGCUGCCCCCCGGCACGCUGCAGUACCAAGAACUGAUGCCGCCGGGGAGCUGCCUGCCGGAGGAGACAAAGCCCAAGAGGGGACGGCGGUCAUGGCCUCGAAAAAGAACAGCCACUCACACCUGUGACUACGCAGGCUGCGGCAAGACCUACACCAAGAGCUCUCAUCUCAAGGCACACCUGAGAACCCACACAGGUGAGAAACCUUAUCACUGUGACUGGGAAGGCUGCGGAUGGAAGUUUGCCCGAUCUGAUGAACUUACUCGUCACUACCGAAAACACACGGGCCACCGCCCUUUCCAGUGCCAGCGGUGUGACAGAGCAUUUUCCAGGUCGGAUCACCUCGCCUUACACAUGAAGAGGCACUUUUAAUUGGAAGCAGUGGAUCUUUCCCUAACUGCCUUAGAGAUUCAGUAUUUACAGCACAAGGACUGCUUUCCGCAAGAAGGGAAGAACCCAUUUUAAGCACUACAGAGAAUCAUGGUGAAGUCUUCCAAAAAGAGUGGAAAGAGGGAUAAUUGCAUACGGACAUUGCAACUGUUUUGUUGUUUUUUUUUAACAAACGUUUUAAAGAAAACCAAAAACAUUGGGGUCAAUGACUGGAUCUUCUUCUAUCAUUCCAUUUGUAAAUCCAACUUGAAUUAUUUCCGGACUACAAAAUGCCAAGGAGUGACUGGAAGUCACGGAUAUCAGGGUUAAACAGACUGCGUGUAGUUCGGAGGGUGGGGAUAUUACACGGGGAAAUGACAUUCCCUUAAAUUUUCUUUCAAUGCAAUAUUAGAUGUAAAUGUCAUCUUGUACUUUCCUUUUUUCUUCCUUCUAAAAGCCAUUACAAUGUUAAAAGAGGAGGAAAAAUUCAGGUACAGAGUUAUGUUUUAAAAGCCUAUUUCAUGGUGCUUGGUGACUGUUGGUUUUAGAGGUACCAAAAAACAGGAAGCCAAAGUUCUCAAACUGCUGCAUAUCUGACAAGGAAAUAUUUUUGUCUUCCGAUCACCAAUUAUGACCUAAAUCAGGUAAAUAAUCCUGGUUUAUCUUUUUUUUUUUUUUUUCUUAAGAAAAUAACUUUAUGCAGACAGUCUGUAAUGCACUGUGGUUUCGAUGUGCAAUACUUUGUACAAUGGUUUAUUCCCAAAUAUGCCUUAAGCAGAACAAAUGUUUUCUAUAUAGUUCUUUACAUAAUAGAUAUGUAAUAUAAAUUUAAGCAAACUUUUAUUUUGUAUAUUUGUAAACUACGAAGUAAAAGGAACAUUUUGGAGUUUGUAUUUUGCAUAUUCAAGCGGAAAAUAAGUUUUAAAUAAACCUAUAAUAUUUUAUCUGAA